AUGGCGAUUCAAAUGGCCUGGACAGCUCAAUGGGCUGCUCUAGGCCCUUACCUGUCGACGAUGCUUCCACGGUAUGCUGUCCAGAUCACUCAAUUCAUCGGCCCAAUUGCUGGUGUGCUGGUAGCUCCGAGCGUCGGUGUCUUCAGUGAUCGAAGUACCAUGAAAAUGGGACGUCGUCGACCGUUCCUCAUCGUCGCUGGAGCUCUCAGUAUCAUCUGCUGGAUCGCCAUGGGCUACACUCGUGAAAUGGGUGAAGCACUAGGCGACCACGCCGAGAAGGAAGCUAACAAGACGCUGAAUCCAUUCAUCCACCCAUACUAG